CUCAGUCAGUGUAAAAACAAACAAACUUUAUUAGAACAGCUGAGAAUUAACUCAUUCUCAGCGUAGUCCAAACUAAAUCAAAGCCAAUUCCUCCCAACACAAUUCCUCAGACUUAUCACCAAUCCUGGUCUAAUUAGGCAAACUGCCUUUCUUGGCAAAAGUUCAGAAGACGCCGAUAUGAAAUGCAACAAAACAAAGCUAUCAAGGUUGUUUUCCAGCAAAGAGCACAAACACUGUUGCUGGUCUUUUAAGCCUUAUGGGAAGGGCCAAUCAUCUCUUGGCCCUACUCCCGAGUCAUCCUAUUUGCUUGAGCUGCUCUUGCCUUCUGGCAGCUCUUCUCAUGCGUGCAUUGGGAACAGGCUCCUCCUGAUCCUCUGCCUCACUACUGUCAGCCUCUGGAGGUUCUGGAGUCUGCACCUCACUCCCCGAAGGCCCUGGCCCCACCUCUGCCUCUGACGCAGAGCCCUCAUCCGGGUCUUCCCCAGCCUCCAGGACUGGCCCAUGUUAUUCCUCAGCCUCAUCGCUGUUUGACUCCGUUGCCAGCUCCGCAGGCUGCUGGCGGACCACAACAAAAGCCUCCAGUGAUGAAGCACCCACAACUUCUGAUAGCAAGCUGUUCCACUGGUUAAUUGUCCUCAUUGUUCGGAAGUUUCUCCUUAAAUCCCUCCCAACUUCCUAGGAAUCGUGGAUUGAGUAUAAGCUGGAAAAGAAGAGCGUUACUGGCUUCCCAUCCAGAUCUCCCCAACACUAUGGAACCCAAGGGAGCCAUUCAAUAAUCCCAUUCUCUCAGGUAGGUUGUCUCCAAAGCACCUGGCAGCAGAACAAGAAGUAAUGGGUGGAAACCAAUCAAAGAAAAGAUCCAACUUGAAACCGAGGAGAAAUUUCCUGACAGAACAAUCAACCAGUAGAACAGCUUGCCUCACAGCUUGCUCCAUCGCUGAAGGUUUUCAAGAAAAGAUUGGCCAACCAUUUAUCUGAGGUGGUAUAUAAGGUCUUCUGUCUUGAGCAGUGGGUUGGACUAGAAGACCUCCGAGGUCUCUUCCAGCCCUAUGAUUCUAUGUUAUAAUCUCAAUAAGGGCAGUUUGAACUUUCUUGUAACGUGGAUUUCCUGUUAUGGACUAUCUAUCUAGUGGGGCUAACAGAAGGCACCUAAGAAAGAUCUUCCUGAGGAAGGAAGAUAUCUUGGCUGUGAUCCUGACCUUCUACGGAUCCGGUAAAGGGACAGCUGAGGAAAGACCGGGAUUGAUUUUAUUUUUGGCAAGUCCAUGAAACACUGCAACACCAAAGAGCUUAAAAGUUUAUGACUUUAAACAUGAGGUUGAAUACACAUCAUAGAAACUGUCUUCUAAUUUGGAGUUGACGAAGUAUCUCCUCAGAUGCCCCGUUCCCCCCUCCCCCAACUAAAAUAUUGAGUUAUCUGGGAAAGGAAAUGCUACCUUUUAGUAGCAUGGAUUGCAAAUCCACAGCCCCAGUUCCAAAUUGUACACGGGCUAGAGGAGACUCUCUUAAAAGUCCAAGAGUUAAUUUAUAACCCGCCAAAGAGCCAUCGGAAUUGAUAAGCCUAGUUGUAAUCCUAAAGACAUGCUGUACCUACGUCCUGUGCCAGAGCCUUUCGAAACAAAGGUUGCCUGCAUUCUCCAAAAUAACCCCACUCAACCAGGGUGGGUCUUCUGCGUGAAUUAGCUGGGCAUCCACAGCACCUAGUUUACUUUGGAUUGGUUGCCUCUCAGUCCUAGAUGGUUCUUUCAGUAGAAAGUGCCAUGGAGUAGAGCGGAGGUCUCCAGACUUGGCUACUGUAGGACUUGUGGACUUCAGCUCCCAGAAUUGCCCUAGGAGUUGAAGUCCACAAGUCUUAAAAGUCGCCAAGUUUGGAGACCUAGCUAGGGAAUUCUGGGAGUUGAAGUCCACAAGUCUUUAAAGUUCCAAGUUUGGAGACCUAGCUGGGGAAUUCUGGGAGUUGAAGUCCACAAGUCUUUAAAGUUCCAAGUUUGGAGACCUAGUUGGGGAAUUCUGGGAGUUGAAGUCCACAAGUCUUUAAAGUUCCAAGUUUGGAGACCUAGUUAGGGAAUUCUGGGAGUUGAAGUCCACAAGUCUUUAAAGUUCCAAGUUUGGAGACCUAGCUGGGGAAUUCUGGGAGUUGAAAUCCACAAGUCUUAAAAGUAGCAAAAUUUGGAGACCUAGCUGGGGAAUUCUGGGAGUUGAAGUCCGUAAGUCUUAAAGUCGCCAAGUUUGGAGACCUAGCUAGGGAAUUCUGGGAGUUAAAAGUCCACAAGUCUUAAAAGUUGCCAAGUUUGGAGAUUCGGGAAUAGAAUGAAGAACCUCACUGGUUCCGAGCCUAACAUCUCAAGGUUGACUUCAAAGCCAAUCUUUCCAACUUCCUAGGAAUUGUAGCUCGGACUACAAACUGGGAAAGAAGCACCUCAUCGGGUUCCACCCCCCCCCAGACCAAAUCUCCCCAAACACUGUGGAACCCAAGAGAAAAGCCCCUCCAUAACCCCACAUCCCUUUUCCCCGGGUGGCUUCCUUUGGGGAGGGAAGAAGCAGCUGAGGCUGAGUAAACAAGGCCCCUUAUAACUCCAGCAAACCUUACUUACUCCUCGGAGUUUCCGAGGGGUGGGGUGGGGGGAGGGGGAAAUCUGCUACUCCAGGGGCGGGGCUUCUGGGCCGUGACGCAAUUCAAACCAACCAAUCCCCUCCAGCCAAGACUUGGGAGAGGCGGUGAGAUCUUUGAGCAGCCUUCCCACCCACCACACACACACACACACACACCCCGCAGGGGGCUUUAAAAAGGAGCUCCAUUUUGGGCCGUCCGUCCGGGAGGCGCUGUGUGUGUGUGCGCGUGUGGUGGGGAGGAAAGGUGUGUGUGUUUGUGUGUCUGUCUGUCUGUGUGUCGUUUUACCCACCCCGCCCUUGUUGGCAGCGCAGGAGAAGUUGCAGCGCCUGGCAAGAGAAAGCGAAAGAGGGAAAGAAAAAAAAAGUGACUUUUCAGCAGGGAGGAAGAAGAGAAGGAGGAGGAAGAAGAAGAAAAGGAGGAGGAGGAGAAAAGAAAAAAAGGAGGAGAAAGAAGAGCUGAUAUUGCUGGAGCUGCUGGGCGGCCGGUGGCGGCGCUGGAGAGGACGCGAGCCAGCAGCAGCAGCAGGAGCAACAGCCGCCGCCGUGGCGCUAGAGCGAGGAUGAAGCCGGCGGGCACUGGCGGCGCCCUCGCAGCCGGAGGAGGAGGGGGUAAAGCGGCAGGGCUGGCUCCGAUCGCCGCUGCCACCGCUGCCACCGCUCCGGCUUCUUGCCCGGCGCCGUCGGAGAAAGUGGUCCACUCGCGCUCUCAGACGCUCUUCUGCAACGGCACCAAAGCGCUGGGCGACGCCUUGAAGCAGCUGGUGCCCCGCUCGACGGCCUUCAUGAGCUCCGACGCCGAGCUGUGGGAUUUCCUCUGCAGCCUCAAGCACGAGUUCUCGCCGGUCAUCCUCCGCAGCAAGGACGUCUACGGCUACGCCUCUUGCCGGGCCGUCGUGCCGGAUCUGCCUCGGGGUUGGGACGCUCAGGAGGCCCGGGCUGGCGGCAGCAGCAGCAGCAGCAGGAGAGGAGGAGGAAGAAGAACCGCCCCGGCAGCCGCCGCCAACAACAAGAGGAAGCGCCCGCCGACCGACGCCAAGAGCCGCCGCCGAGGAGGUGGAAGCACGAAGCGAGCGGCCAAGAAGCGCAAGGAGGACGGCUGGACUCCGGCCCCGCCGUCCUCCGAGCUCUGGGCUUGCGACAAGCGGGCAGAUCCGGCCCGACGGACCUCUUCGGAGCCGGAGGCGCUUCCCGAUCCUCCUCCUCCUCCUCCUCCGAUCCCGAACAACCCGCUGACCGCCUUCCCUCCGGUCAAGGUGCGCGGCGACAUCUGGAAGCGGCGCAAUUUGGAAGCCGCCCGGCGCCGCGCCCAACGCCUCUUGCGGGUCAACCUGGAGCCCGUGGUCAGGUUGCGUCGGAUCCCCGGACCGACCUGCGGCUGAGGAUCGCCGCGUCCCCUCUUCAAUGCCCGGGGAGAGAGAGAGAGAGACCACCCACCCAACCUUUCAGAAGACCUUAGCAGACACGUGUCCAGCCGCCUGUUUACAAGUCCUGGUUUGGGUUGGACGGCGCGGUCCUUUUCUUUUUUUUUUCUUUUUGUAAAGACACCGGGCGCUGCACUUUAAAAAAAAUAAAUAAAUAAAGGGCCAAGAAAGGGGCUCGUCUCCUCGUCCUUCGUGGUUUGCUUGGAGCCAGGAAAACAAACCGGGGUUCGUGGUUCGUCUGGAUCGGGCGGAGGGAAGUGGAGGCAAAAAGACAAGAUGCAAACUUUUCUGAAGUCUUUCGGACUUUCGCUUUCUUCCCCAUUGGGCUACCUCACUUGACUAAGGAAGCACCGUUAACUUUCUGUUUUUUUCUUCCAAAGAACUUUUCUUGCCCAGUUGCAAUAAAACGCCGAUCCUGGAUUGUUGCUUUUUUUGGUUUGUUUGUUUUUUCCUCUUCCCUUUUUUUUUUUUUUUCUCCUGGGACUGUGAUGAAUCUGACUUUUUGUACUAUAUUGCACUAUAUACUCAGGGUUAUUUGAAUAUGCGAAGGGUUUUCCAGUUGUUGUUGUUUUUUUUUGGAGGGGGGGGAGACGAUGACGCAUCAGCUUUGACCAAGGACGUUUUGAAGAAUGAAAACUUUUUAAAAGGCUGAUUGAUCCCCUAGUGCAAAAUAUUUCAUGCUGUUUCCAAACCCUUCCCCUCCCUUUAUUUUUUUUUAUUCUUAUUUUUUGUAAUUUGGACUUGAUAAAGACACCGUUUCGAUAUGGUAACGUGAUUUUGUAGCUGAUUAAAAAAGUUUUAUAGUUGGAAUGAAGUCCUGUAACGGCUUGGAGAGACGCCUUGUAUUAGAUACACACUCACUUUUAUAUUGAUUUUUUUUUUUGCUUUAGAGAAGCUCCUAUCGACUGAAGUAAAAAAAAUAAUAAUAAAAAAAUUUAAAAUCUGAA